GGGAAAACAAUUCAUAGCGUCACAGUAUUUGGAAGGUGGAAUGUCUAUCAGUUGUAAACUACGGCUAUCGACAAGAAUUUAAUCGAAGUGCACUCAGCAACCUUGUGCACAUUCUUGCAGUAGGCAAUGAGUAACACCUAUUUUGUGAUGGCUAGUAAUACCACCUGACCGCCAAAACCUCAGUAGGUGGAGUGGUCCUCGAACCCGCGACCCAUUAGUUGAAAGUCGUCUCCCUAGAUCAAUAAGCUACAGCUCCACAAAAUUAUUGCCGGGGCUCAAAAAACGUCUAUCCAGACAGAAACAGUCAUUAUCCCGUGGUGCAAAAAUGGGUUCAUACGACGAGUGCUAAGUGAUUACACUUGUUAUGUUUGUCAGACGACCUAUAAUAAUGCCAUCUGAUUCAAGCGAUGUGACAGAUCUUAUAGCAAAAGCAGAAAAAUGCCUCAAAGUAUCAUUACUGAAGAGAAAACCUGAUUAUGAUGGUGCCAUUGAAUACUAUGGGAAAGCUGCAUUAAUUUUCAGAAAUAGUAAACAAUUGAAAGAAGCUGCUGAGACAUAUAAAAAGGUCGCUGAACUACACUUUAAAAAUGGAUCUUACUUUCACUGCGCAAAACAGUAUGAAGCAGCAUCUCAAAUGUAUCGGGAUUUAAAGGACUUUUCCCAAAUGGCAUCAUUAAUUGCUGAAGCAGGAUUGAUGUUACGUCAAAAUGGUACUCCUGAUUCAGCAUCUUAUGUUUAUGAGCGCGCUGCAAAAUGUCUUGAAGAACCACUACCUGAACGUGCUGCUGAAUUUUAUGAAAGAUCUGCAGAUGCUUGUGAGAUCGAGGAGAAAUUUCAUGAGGCUGCGUCACAAGCAAACAAUGCUGCUCGUUUAUGGGUUCGACUAAGACGUUUUAACGAUGCCGAAAGACUACUUCGAUUGUAUAUCGAUUAUGUAACAAGAGGUCAUUCAGAUUGUGUUGGUGCAACUGUAGGUGGUUUCGCUGAUUCAAAUACUGCACCAAAACUAUGUGGUCGUGCAGUGACAGUUCUCAUACUGAUUAAAUUGUAUAUACAGGAUGAAGUAGCAGCUAGCAAAAUUUUUAAUGAAGCUAUUGAACGAUGGAGAUUUUCAGAAGCCGAAGAAUUCUCAGCAGUGCGACGACUGCUUGCUGCUGUUGAAGAUAUGGAUAAACAAGCUUGUCAAUCAGCUAUAAAGGAUCAAAGCUUUAGAAUCCUAGACUUGGAUUAUGCUCGUUUAGCAAAGGAAAUUAAAUUCACCUAUCCUGACAAUGUUGAGCAAACACAGAAAGCAAAUGUAGGUAUCAACCAACCGAUGCAUCCAGAGAAUUACAUCUCGCAUGGUCAGACUGGAGGUAACUUUACUCCAGAGGAGAACAUAAAGAAAGAUAAUAACCAAUCAGACAGCGAACAAGAAGAAGAGGAUAUUUGCUAGUUGCUUCUCCUAUUUAUUAAUCACUUUCAAUCAUUUCAGUUUUUCCCAUAUAGAAAAUCAUGAAAUUAUGAGAAGUAGAGCUCGUUUGAUGAUAUCAACUAUCAUCCAUUCCUAUAUUAUCCGAUUCUUCAUACCAUAAACAUUCCAUCACUUCUGUUUUGUAUUCAUGCGCUUGUCUUCUAUUUCAUCUUAUUUUCAUGAUUUCAAUUAUAUAUUUAAUUGUGACUUGUUAGUGUGAAGGUUAUUUAUGAAAGAACCUUAAUAAAGAAAUGCAGCUCCCACAUU